GCUCCCGCCACUCAACCGCUAGAAAAUGAAUUCGCGCGGUCGCCGCUCGGUUUUAUUUACUUGACGUACCUAGAGGGCGUUCAGUUGCUCCGCGGAAGCCGCGCGUAUCGGACGGUGACAAUGGAUCGCUUCGACACCGAGCUAUUCAUCGAUGAGGUGGAAAAAAGACCUGCUUUGUGGAACAUCCAAUGUGCAGAAUAUUCUAACAAAACGAUUAAAAACGGAGCUUGGCAGGAGCUGGUGGAGAUUUUUGGAGAAAAUGAGGAUUCUUUGGAAAAGAAGGUUCUUUUUGGUGUAUCAUUACAAAAAAAAUGGAAGAACAUUCGUGAUGCUUAUAAUAAGGAAUUCAAGAAAGGCAAAUCAAUUCCUUCUGGUUCUGGUGCAUGUAAAGGUUCAAAAUACAUGUAUUUCGACCGGCUUUCUUUUCUUCAGAAGACGAUAGAAAACAAAGAAACUAUCACAAACAUAGAUGAAGCCAAAAAUGAAGAAAUUCGGAACAUUGACCAAAAGCUAGAUAAUUUUGUAAAUGCACGUGAAAUACAACCGGUACCCAAUAAAAGGAAGAAAACUAAAAUUACUUCAGAAGAGCGAUUGGCUGACAUAUUAGAAAAUAGUAUUGAAUCAAGAGAUAAAAUACAAAGACAAAUACAAGAAAGUAUGUCAAAGCAAGAUGAUGAUGAUAAACUUUUUUGCAUGUCAUUGUAUAAAGAGUUAAAGAAAGUUCCAGAAAAUAAACGAUUGGCUACUAAAAUUGAAUUGCUCCAGGUAAUACAGAAAGGGCAGAAAUUACCAUCGCCUAUUCAUAUCACGAGCCAGCAAAACACGCCUAAUGCAGUAUUUUGGCAAAACCAACAAUAUUCAAACCCACAAGGAUAUUUCACUGGAUAUUCUACAAUAGUACCAGGAGAGUCUCCAUCGCCUUUAUCAUGCAAUAGCACUGACGAUUCACAGUCUUCUAUAGUACAAAAUAUAUAUUCUGACGUAUAAAAUAAAUAUCUUACCUUAAUGUGAUCACGAGUUUUUCUUCUGGGGACACGCUUGACCUCAUAUGGGUAUCAUUAGAUUCAAUUUGUUUACUCAUCAUUUCUAAUAAUUCAUCAAAUGAAUUUAUCGACAUUCUCAAAUAAUUGAAGAAUUUUGGUUCAAAACUUCUUAAUUUUGGAUAUAAAGUCUGAAACUGACCAUGAGUAAACCGAUCGCGUAAUAUUGGAUGCACCCAAUACUGCCGUUUCUUCUUUCUUUCUUUUUUACGGAGCAACAAGUACACACAUAUUGCUUCUUCGACUUCCAUGAUUGGACUGUCACCCUAUGCGAAUAACGGCACUCCGCAUGUACAUCCGCGCCUGUCUGAACACUUGCGUUUAGAACCGCGCGAUUUGCAUCCGCGCGGAAUCCGCCAUGUCUGAACUACCACUAACUCGCGGUCGGCGGGCGCGAAAGCGGAGCGUGCGCGGCGGUACGACGCGGCGGCGGGCGCAGCUUCCGACGGCGGCGCGGCGGCGGGCAUUAGCGCCAGCGGAGGCGCUGUGCGCGGAACACUCGGAUUUGAGUUCUCACGAGAGAACGGCGGCACGGGCGCAGGCACAAGCGGGCGGCUUGGCGGCGCGACUUGAGAGGCGUAGCUCGCGCGGGCGAGACGCGGCGUGUUCGCGGAGGAGGACGCGCGGCUCGGAGGCGCGUAGGCGGGCGCGCGGCUCGGUGGCGCGCGGGCCAAGAGGCGGGCGGCACCCGAUGUCUCGCCCUGCCGCGUGGACGCAGCGGCGAUCAACAUUGGUUUCUGAAAGAGCUGCUUUUUUUCCAAAUUAAGCACUGGCGGUUUUGUGUUUGGGCAAUUUUCAGGUGGUAAAUAUCGUUUUAUUAAUUCUACUUGGACAUCUUUAGGCAGCUCAUUGGUUAAAAUGUGCGUCCACCUCGACGCCACAUCCUUCUGCAAUUUUUCUCCAAAGGAGAUUCACGCUCCAUACAUUUCUGGGCUCUUUUUUGAAGUGCCGGCCAACAAAAAAAAAAUGGCCCGACUCGUUAGAAUUAGCCAUUUGGAGCAAUAGCUAAUAUGGCAUAAAAGUUGUAGGAGGGCUCUGAACCAAGUUAUACAGGUUCGACGAUUCGUUAUUUCCAUACAUUUUGUCGAUUUUCAAAAGUGCCCGCCAAGAAAAGAAACUCAUACGUAUCGUUAGAACUGGCCAUUUGGAGCAAUAGUUAGUACGGCACAAAGGUUGUAUUUCUAGUUUUUUUUUUUUUUUUUAAAGUUGACAAAAUGUAUGGAAAUAACGAAUCAUCGAACCCGUAUAAUUUGGUUCAGAGCCACCUGAAAACUUUUAUGCCAUUGUAACGCCGUAGAUUUUUAUUUUUAGUGGUUAAAGGGGAAUGUCUAUUCCCGGCCCAGACCUUUCGUCCCCGCCCCCCACUUUGCAUAAAACUAGAAAAUACUUGAUAAUUUUUGUUUAAUAAUGAAUAAAUUACUUUAUCCAUAGCGGUUUGCUAUAACUUUCCCCAAAAAAUAAGUUUCACAACGAUAUUUGACAAUAUUAUAGUUGUUGUAUGACAUUUUUGAAGACACGAACAUGAACAGUGUUGCCAGCUAAGUGAUUUAUUUGGUUUAAUCAAUAUUUUAACCGAAUAAUAAUAAUCGAUCUUUUUCUACAACAAAAUCACCUGGAAAAGCAAAAGUUGUAAUAGAUUAUAAUGUUUUUGAUAAUAAUAUCUGCCUCACUCUUUAAAAACCAUUGCAUAGUCGACAUUAUAAAACGUUUCUUGAUAUCAAAGUACCUAUUAUAUUUUUCGCAAUAACCAACCACUAAGAACUCAACUGAUUUUUUUAGUUUAAUCGAUAUUUAAAUGGAUAAUAAUAAUAAUCGAGCAUAACAUUAGGAACCUAGGAUCACUGCGUAGAAACAUUACCAACUGCGCCAUUUAAAUACUAUCUAUACUAAUAUUAUAAAGCUGGAGAGUUUGUUUGUUUGUUUUUGAUUGAACGCGCUAAUCUCAGACACUACUGGUCCGAUUUGAAAAAUUCUUUCAGUGUUAGAUAACCCAUUUAUCGAGGAAGGCUAUAAGCUAUAUAUUAUCUCCGCAUUCCUACGGGAACGGGGAUAUAUAUAAUAUAAGUAGUAGCGCAAGCCCGUAACUUCGGCGCGUGCAAUGCGGUUUUUCACGAUCGGCCAACGCGCAAGCUACAGCUAUACUAAGCUGAUAUAAAUAAGUGGUCAAAGUGGUCUUAAUAGUUGAUAUUCAAUCCCUUUCUUCCGAUAACUUUUUCCUUUCAUCCGAUCUAACUAAAUCAAAUUCUAUAUAUUUCUAUGUAUGUAUAAAUAGUAUACAUAUUGUAGAUAAUAUAUUAUGUUUACAUAAUACAUUGACAUAAAAUUGCAGGCGUCCGCAAUUUUGUCCGGGUGAAAACGCAAUAUCAUGACAAACUACUUGUAUAAACCUUCUUCUUGAAUCACUUUAUUUAUUAUUGAAAACCAAUAAAAAACCAUUGCGUCGUGUAAAAGAUGGUGAAAACAAUGACGUGUUAUUCUAGUAAUAAAAUUAUUCAAUUAGAAAUCGAUACGAAGUUAUUCGAUUUUUCGUGUUUCGUAUGGCAACAUCGAUUUGACUUUUGGACAGAUAAUCUGUUGAUGUCAAUAAUUGUCAAUGUCAUUCUCAUUUUAUUAAUUAAUUAGAUAAUGUCAUUGAAUUAAUUUACUGAUUUUGUCUGUUUUCUGUUUACCUUCAGUAUUUUUUGAACCGAAUUAUAAUUUUUCAAACCACAGCUAUAAUAUAAAUAAAACUUGCACGAAGUUAAAUUCGAAAUUCGAAUAAUGUUGACCCUGAACCGGAAAAAUUGCAAGUUUAUUUCAGCUCUCAGAUGUAAAUACAAGAGGACAUUUACGCUGCAUUAAUCAAUGUUAAUAUCAAUAUUAAAAUUAUUAUAGUUGGCAUCAAUUGUCAAUAAAAUGUCACGAAAAUACGAAUACAUUCUGUUUGAAACAUGCUCGUAAACAAGUACACAGCAGGUGCAGGCAGCAUAAAUAAUGUUUGAUCCAUUUUUAAUGUGAAAAACGAUUAUUAUUCAUAAGAAAUAAUAUGUAUAACUUUAAUAAUUUUUGUCAUGUUAUUGUGUCAAGUCACAACAGAGUGUAGUUUCCCAUAUAAGUGUUGAUGUGUCGCUCAGUGUAUUUUUAUGACUAACCAAUAUUACUGUAUUUAAAAGUACAUUUACUGUGUAAUUACUGGCAUAGAAGGCAUAACAUCUAGUCAGAUGUAGGACAGCACAUAGGUUUUCUUGCAUUGUUGAUGGUUUGUUCAAGCAAUAUUUAGUGCAUAGAAGUAUUAUAGUAUAUUUAUCCUACUUUCCUGAUUAAUAUUAAAUGUGAACUGUGAGUUUGUAUGUCAGUUUGAUACAUUUUCACACCCUAAACCAAUUUUAAAACAGUAAUAAAUUGUGCAUACUAGAGAAUUAUCUUAAUUCUCAGCGUGUGUGAAGUCUGCCAAUCCGCAUUGGGCCAGUGUGGUGGACUAUUGGCCUAACCCCUAUCAUUCUGAGAGGAGACUCGAGCUCAGUAGUGAGCCGAAUAUAGGUUGAUGAUGACGACGAAUAAAUUGUGGAAUAACAUAACAUUAUUAAAUCCACUAAGUAAACCAAUUUUAAAACUCUGAUUAAAUUAUUUGCUGGAUUUUAAUAUUUUAUUACUAUUUCAGUUAUCCAGCGUCAUCCCAAGUUUGUCAAAAUUGCUGGAAAACGACUGAUAAAGCAGCAUCUUGCUCAACUGAAGAACGGAAAAUAAUUAUGUAAUAGCGACAAACACUCCAAAUCGAUGUUGUUUUCCUCGCUGUAAUAAUUCCAACAGGCUAACUGUUAUGAACUAUAUAGGUAGGUACAUCUAUUUUGUCAAUUUAAUUAUUAUGUGCCUCAUUAGUAUUGUUUUCUCUUACAAUCAAUAUACAACACAAUCUUGAACCAUUUUACAAAUUGAAGAUUUUGCUUCAUUAUUAAAAAUAAUAUGAGUAUGUAUAAUAAUCAUUUAGAUUAAGAAAAUAUUUAACAAACACCAUACAGUUUAUCUAUAUCUUGGCUUAACAGAAACAUUUAAAUUAAAUUAUAAAACACAAACAACAGCCGGGACAAUUCAUUUAUUUACAGUGCUUGUAAACUAAGCCUUGGUUUUGCAAACAAGCACUUUUGAAAUAAUAAGGUUGACUAUUUGUCCAUCUCCAGACAGACAGACAGACCUCAUCACCAGAUAAGAAGACAAGUUCUGCUGAGGAGAGUCAGCAAGAAACUCAACAGUCACUCUUUUUUAGAAAAGUAAUACAAUAUUAUAAUUUACAAUUGUUAACAUCAUUACAAUAAUUUCUUCUAGUAGAAGCUGAUCCAAUGGCCUCCAAGUAGUGCCGUGCACUUCAUACAUGCAUUAAAGUACUGCAUAUCCUAAGAGUUGUCUUCAUUAGUAAAUACAGAUUUUUCCACUUUGCUUAAUUUUAUUACUAGUGCAUACCCUGAUCGACAACGAUAUGCACGCCACUGCCUGGUUGGUUGGUUGUUUCAUUUAUUGAUUUAUUUGUUAAGCUUGUUGGUUACAUAAAACAAUAAAUCUAUUCAUGUACAGCUUUAAUGUUACUUCAUCUCCGGUGUACUUUUUGAGCAGUGAGAGUGAUAAAAUAAAAUAUUUUUUUUAUGUCUAGCAAACUUUUAUUAAAAAAAUUAUUUAACCAAAUCCUUAUUUAUACAUCAUAUUAUCAUCUCCAUAUACUUUUAUGGGGGGGGCGUAACUGGGUUUCUUGGGCCAAAGUUGUAUGGGCUGGUGGACAUUCUCCUUUGGUUAGGUUUGUUUCGAAAGGCAGCGACAUCAAUGAAUUUCGUAGAGAUUACGAGGUCCGUCGCAAGAUGGCGCUUAUAUUAAAGUGCUCAGACGAACAAAUAUGGGCAGUUAGUUGGAGUUUCAUAAUCUGUGUGCUGGGCUCAGACUAAAGAAUAUGGACAAGUAGUUGGAGCUUUAUAAUCUGUAUAUAGACUUAAUAUAUGGUUAGAGGAAUUCCAUAAGUAACGAAAGGUAUGUAAUCCGAAACCGACUUAAAAAACAAAUUUUACAUAUUAUCUGUGCAGUUUGUUGGUUGUAUUCUGGAAGGGGAAUGAAUCGGUAACUUUACAUUAAAGAGUAAAUUAAUAUAAUGGGAAAAGAGAACCCUCUUGAGGAUGAUUUAUGCAAACAAGAAAGAUAGCGCCAUCUGGUUUUUGGCCCAGUAAACUUACAUGUAUACAUACAUGCCUAUACUUCUAUACUUCGAAUAAAACGUUACCGUAGUAUUUAAAAUACGAGAUGCAUAGUUAAAGUAACAAGUAAGUGUUACAUGCCGCUCCGCUCGUCGCUCCGCCCGUAUUGGACUCGCGGCCUUAUUCAACACGUGUACGUAACUAGACCGCUGAUUCGGCAAAUCGCACGGGUGCAUAGUGACAUGGAAAAUUACGACACUUCUUCACUUACGCUCGAAGACGUCGUUAGUUUAAUUAAUUUGUAAUUUUUAUAUUAAUAAAUUCAUUUUUAAGAACCAAGAACUCUUUCUUCUGGACACUCCUGCAUCGGCGAACGUAAAUUGGUGGAGGUAUUGGUGAGUUGUUAGUGUGUAUUGUAUUAACACUCGUACAGAUUUUGGGGUGACCGAUUUUGGGAUGGGGGCGGAAUCGCCGGGGGACACCCCGGAUGCAAUGGAUACGUCAGUGACCCAAGAGAGAAGUAGGAAAAGAAAUGCUGAACCGAUAAAUCAAAAUACAACCACAAAGCGAGUUAUCACUAGCUCAGAGAAUCUAGACAGAACGUAUGGUCCCAACGACUUGGGUCCGUUCAUUGUCCACAUCACACGAAUCGAACCUGAUCCGGCAGCCGGAUUAUCUCUAAGACCUAUCAAAAUUGGACUUCUUCUCACUAAGAACAACAUUGAGAACAUUGUUCGUGAUGGUGUUAAGUCAGUAGGUAGAAAUAGAGUUUCAAUCGAAUUUAAACGAGGUGAAGAUGCUAACACAUUUCUACAGCAUAAAUGCCUAAAUGGUUGUAAGCUUAAAGCUAGUAUCCCUGCUUUCAAUGUUACAAGAAUGAGUCUCGUCAGAGGCGUUCCUAAGGAGUGGUCUAUGGUGGAACUCGUAGAAUCUCUGGAAUUACCCGAGAAUUGUGGUAAAGUCCUCAAAGCGAGGAGACUCAACCGCAAAAUAAUUAAUGAAGGUACUCCAUCUUGGGUACCUACUCAAUCUGUUGUCCUCACAUUUAGUCGUCAAGUUUUGCCAAAACAUAUAUAUGCAUAUUAUACAUCAAUGGUUGUUGAAAAAUAUCUCUUACCCACAAUACAGUGUCACAGCUGCUGUAGAUUUGGCCAUGUUAAAUUACAAUGCAGAAGUAAACCCAGAUGUUUCAAAUGUGGUCAGGAACAUUUUGGAGAAAGCUGUCAGUUAACAGGAAAUGCUUUGUCCUGUAUCCUGUGCACAGGCAAACAUCAGGCUACAUAUAAAGACUGCCCAGAACACCAAUGCCAACGCAACAUUAAUAUUAAUGGUUUCAGACGCGGUUUAUCUGUGGAAUCCAACCUAUCAAAUUUUACCUCGGAUCUCAUAACUGAAGUGGAUAAGGGGCAGCAGAUCGAUGCUAUUUAUACUGAUUUUAGUAGCGCAUUUGAUAAGGUGGACCACCAAAUACUCAUACAAAAGCUUUCACAGUAUGGAUUCGGGAAUCCUUUGAUAAUGUGGUUUAAAUCAUAUCUGGAUCAGAGGCCUCAGACUGUUGUGGUCAAUGGUUAUGAAUCGGAAACAUACAACGCUAGAUCCGGGGUACCACAGGGUUCUCACUUAGGGCCCCUGUUAUUCUUGGCAUUUAUAAAUGACGUCACGAUGGAGAUAAAACAUUGCAAAUACUCCUUGUUUGCUGAUGACCUAAAAAUUUAUAAAACAAUAAACUCGGAUGCUGAUAUUAGGCUAAUACAGGAUGAUCUUGAUAGAGUAACAACUUGAUGCAACGUCAAUAAAAUGACUCUCAACGCUGAUAAAUGUUACCACGUAAAAUACUCCAGGAAGAAAAAACCACUUGUCUCUAGUUACAUGAUCGGUAGUGUGGUACUAAAAGAGUUACAGGAAAUUAGAGACCUGGGAGUUACUAUUGACAGCAAGUUAACUUUUGUAUCACACGUAAACAACAUUGUUAAAAUAGCCGCGAAAGUACUAGGGUUUAUCAGGGGCAACACUAAAGGGUUCUCCCAGAAAACUAAAAUUGUGCUUUACAAUGCGUUUGUGAGAAGUUGUGUUGAGUUUGCCAGCGUCAUCUGGAAUCCAUCAUAUAGUGUCCACUCUCAACGCAUUGAAUGCAUUCAGCGUGCCUUCACUCGACACCUUGCGUUCCAUGCUAGUGGUAUUUCACACAGGCAACCAUACAACCAACGACUUGCCAAGUUUAAAAUGAUGUCUCUUCGCAGUAGGCGAGAAAUACGCGACCAAUGUUUUUUACAUAACAUAGUACAUUAUGAGGUGAAGUGCAGCAACCUACUUGACCGGGUCUGUCUUUCGGUUCCGAUUAGAUAUCCCCGUCAUUGCAAGAAGCGUAAAACAUUUCAUAUCCCUUUCGCUAGAACACAUCUCGGAAACCAAGCCCCCGUUGCUCGUAUAUGCGCAAAAUAUAAUGAACUAUCACGUUCUAUACCUGGCAUCGACAUAUUUUCCAAUUCUUAGUGUCUUUAAAAAAAAACUCACCGAUCAUCUGUCGGUGAGUUCUUCCCCAUAAUAAUUAAGUUAAGUUAUAUCUGUUAUUUUGUUCCUUGUGUGGUAUUUGACUGUUUACAUGUUUUUUAGUUUUUAGUGAAUGUUGUGUGCACUUGUCAUAGAUGUACGUAUAAGUCAAUGUGAGCUAGUUAUAUAUUAUUUGUGUAUGUCUCUAUA